AUGACCGACACCGCAACCCCAAUCACCCUCCCCGUUAUCGAUAUCUCCAACGCACGCGACCCCACCGUGGGGAAAGCGAUGCUGGAUGCAGCCGCCAAAUACGGGUUUUUGUAUGUCAACAGCCGCGGAACUGACUUUACCGCCGAGGAUGUGGACCAUGCUUUUGGACUAUCCAGGAAAUUCUUUGCGUCGCCCGCCCAGGAGAAGGAGACCUGCCGGAUCACCCCCAAUAAUCGAGGCUGGUCGGGCAUGCACACGGAAACACUCGAUCCCGAGCACCAGCGGACCGGAGACUUCAAAGAAGCCAUGAACUUCGGCGACUUCAAAGACGGCAAAGCACAGCAACCACUACCACCGUCCCUAGCACCACACGAGACCGAAAUCCACGACUUCGCCGCCCUCUGCAACAAGACCUGCACGCGGAUCCUGAAUCUGCUAGCCCUCGGGCUUGAGAUGCCUGAAGACUUCUUCACAACCCGCCACGACCCCAGCACCGGCCCCACAGGCAGCAUCCUCCGCUACCUAUACUACCCAUCGAUCUUCUCGCCCGCAACAGCAUCAUACAAGCACGACACGGACGUGCGCGCCGGCGCCCACUCCGACUACGGCAGCAUCACGCUGCUCUUCCAGCGGCCGGGCCAGCCAGGACUGGAGAUCCUGACGCCCGAUGGCUCCUGGGCGCCUGUGCCCAUUGAGCCGGGUACUAACCCCGACAAUGCCGCUGUUGCCGACAAGGACCCGUUCCCCCCGAUCCUAGUGAACAUCGGUGACCUCCUCAGCUACUGGACGGACGGGCUGCUCAAGUCGACGGUGCAUCGCGUGGUAUUUCCCCUAACGGAGCAGCGGAGUCCGAAUCCGCGCGAUCGCUAUACGCUCGUGUACUUCUGCCAUCCGGUCGAUUCUACCGAGCUGGUCCCCGUUCCCAGUGAGAUCGUGGCCGGGCAUCGGGCUCGGACUGGGGGUGUGGCUGCCGGGGAGGAUCGGGUGGGAUUUGGCGGUGGUGCGGGCAAUCUAGAGCUUGGGAAGAGACCGUUGACGGCACAGGAGCAUCUGGAGUCGCGGCUGGCCGCUACUUAUGGGUUUAAGAAAGAGUAG